GAUGGCGGCCGCUGGAGCUUCAGUCUCAGAUAUCAGGCAGAGAAGACCUCUGUCUGGAGCUCCUGAAGCCCAUUAAACCACUGCUACCAGCGUCCCGCAGUACUUGAAAAAACACCUGAAGGGAUAAUGAGGAACACUGGGAUCGGCUGUUUGAAAAUAUCGCAAUAUUUCCCCUGAAUAUGUGUCUCGCGGAGCAGCGAAAAACAGCCUUUAAUCUGAGGGUGAUUUUCUGCUCGCGAUGAUUCACUGGUAAUUUUCCAGCAGCGCGAGACUCUCCUCAGACAAAAAAUACCCCGAAAUAUUCAUAAAAAUGAAAUUUACCGAGCACCUAUCUGCCCACAUCACCCCGGAGUGGAGGAAACAAUACAUUCAAUAUGAGGCUUUUAAAGAAAUGUUGUACUCCGCCCAGGAUCAAGCCCCAUCAAUCGAAGUCACAGAUGAAGACACUGUCAAGAGAUACUAUGCCAAGUUUGAGGAGAAGUUCUUCCAAACAUGUGAGAAGGAGCUGGCCAAAAUCAACACUUUCUAUUCAGAGAAGCUUGCCGAAGCACAGCGGCGUUUCGCCACGCUCCAGAAUGAGCUGCAGUCGUCUCUGGACGCACAGCGGGAGAGCAGCCGAGCCACGGAUCUGCGCCGGCGUCGCACUGUCUUCCACCUGUCGCAGCAGGAGCGCUGCAAACAUCGCAAUAUCAAAGACCUGCAGCUGGCUUUCAGCGAGUUCUACCUCAGCCUUAUUUUGCUGCAGAAUUACCAGAAUCUAAACUUCACAGGUUUUCGGAAGAUUUUAAAGAAACAUGACAAGAUAUUUGAGACGACUCGAGGUGCUGAUUGGCGUGAGGCCCAUGUUGAAGUGGCUCCUUUUUACACCUGUAAGAAGAUCACUCAGCUCAUCUCUGAAACCGAGGCCCUUGUUACUGCAGAGCUGGAGGGAGGAGACCGACAGAAAGCUAUGAAGAGGCUCCGAGUGCCCCCACUGGGAGCAGCGCAGCCUGCACCAGCAUGGACCACUUUUAGAGUAGGACUCUACUGUGGUGUCUUCGUCGCUUUAACAGUCACAGUCAUCAUCGCAGGUGUGGUAAAACUGGUUAUUGAGGAGAAGAAUGAGGAGAGUGAUGUGGAGAGGAAUGUGUGGCCCCUGGUAAGAAUUUAUCGGGGUGGUUUCCUGCUCAUCGAAUUCCUUUUCUUGUUGGGCAUCAACACAUAUGGCUGGAGGCAGGCUGGCGUGAACCAUGUCUUAAUAUUCGAGCUCAACCCCCGCAACAACCUGUCCCACCAACAUCUCUUUGAGAUUGCUGGUUUCCUUGGAGUUCUUUGGUGCGUCAGUAUUCUAUCCUGCCUCUUCGCUAAGGACACAAUGAUACCUAUACAAGUGAACCCUCUAGCUCUCUAUGGGUUCUUCUUCUUCUUCCUUAUCAACCCUUUCAAAACAUGUUACUACAAAUCUCGCUUCUGGCUGCUCAAAUUACUGUUUCGAGUGGUCACAGCUCCAUUUCACAGAGUGGGGUUUGCAGAUUUCUGGCUGGCUGAUCAACUCAACUCUCUUGUAGUGGUUCUGAUGGAUCUGGAGUACAUGAUCUGCUUCUACAGUAUGGAGCUUAACUGGACCAAGUCUGAGGGGGAGCUAUGGAUUAAAGACGGUGGAGGGAUUUGUCACUCAUAUUCAUAUGGAGUACGAGCUGUAAUCCAGUGUUUGCCUGCCUGGUUCCGGUUUGUGCAGUGCCUAAGGCGUUACCGGGACACAAAGCGUGCCCGCCCUCACCUGCUCAAUGCUGGCAAAUACUCCACUACUUUCUUUGUGGUCAUCUUUUCUGCACUUUAUAAGACACAUAAAAGUCUUCCGGAAGGUCAGGUCUUCUUUUACCUGCUAAUUGCCUGCAAGAUCAUUAACUCCUGCUACACCUUAUUGUGGGACCUGAAGAUGGACUGGGGUCUGUUUGACCGUAAAGCAGGGGAAAACACCCUUCUCAGAGAGGAGAUAGUAUAUCCACAAAAAGCUUACUAUUACUGUGCCAUAAUAGAAGACGUAAUCUUGCGUUUUGCAUGGACCAUUCCGCUUUCCCUUGAGGUUGUGACUUCAUACCCUUACAUUUCUGAGAUUUUGGCCACUGUCCUCGCACCGCUAGAGGUCUUCAGGCGCUUUGUCUGGAACUUCUUCCGCCUGGAGAAUGAACACCUAAAUAACUGCGGUGAGUUCAGAGCGGUGCGGGACAUCUCAGUAGCGCCUCUGAAUGCAGAUGACCAAACGCUUCUUGAGCAGAUGAUGGACCAGGAGGAUGGUGUGAGGAACAGAUCGGGAACAGGAAAGAAGAACUGGAAGAGAAGCUACAGCAUGUCUUUAAGAAGACCACGCCUCUCCUCCCAGUCGAAGGUCCGAGACACCAAAGUCCUGAUAGAGGACACAGAUGAUGACACCUGACCCCUGCGUCCUCAAUGACUUGAGAAAGUGUUUUUAAAGGACCAUAGACCUCAGUGAGCCUUGACUCUUCAGAAGCUAUUCAAUCAAUCCAUCACAAAGCUGCCUGACUACACCACACACACAUAUUUCACACAAGACUUCACUGACUCGUACACGCAUAUGAGCUCACAACAGGAGCGGCCACUUCUUAGUUACUGUACUGUUUUUGAUUCCUUCAUUGCUGCCUUGAUCAUUUUUGUGAAGAUCCAAAAAGUAGAUCUUCAAAUGAAUUCAAAGGACAGUGUGUAUAGAUACAUCAGUUCACAAACCGCUUGAUUGGACUGCAGUCAUACAAACCAAACACCUGACUGGACACUUCAUCGCAGCAGUUGUGAUCAAUCAAUCGGUUUGGCUACUUUGUUUUUUAAGACUGUUUUUUAUGAGGAGGGUAUGAAGACACUCAUGUAGCACAUGGACUGGUUUACCCUCGUUCAUGAAAAUGGCAAUUUCUACUUUUUUUUUUUUUUUUUUUGAAUGUACAUUUCAUUGUUAUUUAUGUGAAGGAGCGAUGCCUUGAACGUUGCUUUAAAGAAAAUUUGGUAACACUUUACAAUAAGGUUCAUUUGUUAACAUUAGUUAAUGAAUUAACUAACAUGAACUAAUGAUGAGCAAUACAUUUGUAAUAAAAAUACAGCAGUUCAGUGCUUGUUCAUGUUACUUUACAGUCUAUUAACUAAUGUUAACAAAUACAACUCUUGAUUUUAAUAAUGUAUUAGUAAAUGUUGAAAUUAACUUUAACAAAGAUUAAUAAAUGCUGUUGAAGUGCAGUUCAUUAUUAGUUCAUGUUAACUAAUGUAUUUAACUAAUGUUAACUAAUGAACCUUGUAAAGUGUUACCGAAAAUCUUUUAAAUAUAGCAAGGAUUUACCUUGGACCUUUACCCAGGACCUCUUCAUGCUUUUGACCAACCCUCAGGUGGCUCUGAAUGAAAAAUACCAAUUUGACAUUUAUGGUCAUUAAAUACUUUGCCAGUGUAUGUCGAUUUAAACACAAACCACCAAUGUAGUUACCUGCUCUUAAAAUGCCAAAUGACAAUUAAUGCCUAUGUUUGUUUUAAAACAUUUUUCUUUCAUUUGUCUUAAAGUCAGUCCAGUUUUUUCAAGAGGUGCUGCUUUGUAGACCCAGAAAGAGAAAAACCCCUUUUGCUUUAAAUGUGUCAGGCUCAAGUUAUGAGCAAGCCAAAUAUCUAAAGCAUUCCUCAAGAACAUUUUCUUUUAAAGCAGACUUCCUACCUAUGAUCCUGAAUCUCCAUUUUGUUUUUUUGUUUUUUUAAGUGUUAAACACGCAUACCUUAUUCUGUCGUCACAUUCCACUGAAGUAGCAUUCCAUAUCUCUAUCUGAUUUUUUUUUUUUUUUUUUUUUGGUCAGUGUCUUCCAGAGAACUCCCAGACCACCUGAGGGUUUCAGAGGUUCCAGGGAAAACUGACACCUCUGUUUUCUUUUCAGCUGUAUCUUUGAUACACGAGCACAAAGAUUUUCUGUGUGAAUUGUGAGUAAAACUUGUUGCGUAAAUCAUGAUGUGAUAAAUUAGGCAAGGAUGGUUUUCUGAAUGAUCAAUGCCAGAUAGUUCUCAUAUGAUGGUUUAUAAUCCAUUCCAAUCGCAAACGUGUAUUUGUACAUCUGAAGACCUAGCUGUCUGUGAACGAAAUCAUUGCAAGACAGAAGGUACUGCAGCCGCACAUUCAUGAGAUUCAACUACGCUGCAAGACUCAAAAGACUAUCACCGGCUACACCUCACAUACUAUGUCAUGUACUACUGUCCCAAGUAAAUGCUUGGACCAAAAAUAAAAAAAACAAGGUUCCUCUGUU